AGCUACACAAAAUCAUUUACAGCUUACAGCACUAAGGAUAGGCUAACAAACAGGUAGCUUCCUUUGUGUCUCAGGAUGGAGACUCACCUCGACCAGAGUUUAGACUCACCGUCCAAAAACAGUUACAUUGGGAGUUACUACCAGCCUCCGGACAGGCCGUUUCUAGCAUCAAGACAUCUGGAGUUCUCUGCACAGCCGUCGGUCAGCGUGGACCCACAGACUGCCAGCAGCCCAGGGCCACAGACCAGGCGUAGUAUUGACAGCCAAGCUGUCGUUGAUGCACUGAAGACCCUCCAGGAGAAAAUCAGAUGGUUGGAGCUGGAAAGGAAGGACGCGCAGAAGAGCUACCGUCAGUUCUACCACGAAGCUCAGAAGCAUCAGCAGGUCACAGCUUCACGCAGUCAAACCAGAGCCAGCCAGCCUGAGACGGAUGACUCAGCCAGGAAAGAAGUGGAAACCAAGCUGCAGUCGGCUGAGGCUCGCUGUAAGGUCCUGGAGAAGCAGCUGGUCUACAUGAGGAAAAUGGUUGAAAAUGCCAAGAAAGACAGGAAUGCUGCGAUGGAAAACCAGGCUUCACUGCAGAGCCAGCAGCCCAGCAACGCAAACAACCAGACUCAGCGGGAGAAGCUGGAGAAACUUGAGUCCGAGUGUCUUAAACUGAACAGAACCCAGACCCUGGCAGAGAUGAAGCUUGCCAUUCUGGAGCAGAAACUACUCAAAGAAGAGCAUGAGCGUAAACUCGUUCAGGAGAAGGCAGAUGAGCUGCAGAGGGAGUUAGACGUCAACCUUCGAUUGUCUGUGCCGACUGCUGAAGAGACAAAGCCAAAGAAGAAGACAAGAAAGACUGUUAAGAAAGCCUCUAAACAGGCUGAGCUGGCGUCGAGCAGCCCGAGGCGCCAGAAAAUGCCGUUCGUUGCCGGGACAUCGACAAGCCCGAGCCAUUCAGUCCACGCCAACGUACAAGUUAUCCUCCACAUGAUGAAGCACCACCAGCCCCAGCUGUGUGAGCGAGUGAGCGCUCUGCACAGGGCUGGGUGUGGAGCCAAGAAAAGCCUCCAGAAGGACUUUCCUCCAUCUUCCUCUGCUGUCCAUAAGCCUGACAGCCUGCCUGCAGAUCAGCUGCUGAGCUCGCUGUCUGACCUGCUGUUGGCUCUGCAGGACGAGCUGGGACAGAUGAGCUUUGAACAUCAGGAGCUGGUGUGUCAGAUAGAUGCUGUCCAACAUCAGGAGCAAAGACAAGGUUUGCAGAGAGAGCUGGAGAGGCUGGUGACCAGGAUGGAGGAGAAGGGAGCUCAGAUCACGAAGCUCCGCAAACACCAGCAGAUGGUCCACAGAAUGACCCCCAGCCUGGCGUGUGCUGAAGAACACGCAGCCAAGAAGCUGAGUGGAAUCCAGCCGCCCGUUCCUUCCCCUGUUAAGGCUAAACAGAGAGAGAAGAAAGGCAUGACGACUCAGAACAACCUGCGGCUUCUCAGAGAGACCCAAAAGCUGAGAAACAGCCUGAAACAAGACGACCUCUCCUGGGAAACAUGAGGCUCUGAUGCUACAGCUGGACCGAGCACCAGACUCCCCUCGGCUCCUUGCAGCUUGUUUUCUUCUCUCUUCAGACAGCCUGUGGGACAUUUUUAGGAGCAAGUUAAAGUGGGAAUGAAGAGUUUUAUGCAGGACUUUGCAUAUUAUCACAAAACCUAUGAGGCGGUAGGUGGCUGAGUUCAGUGCCUUCAUUGGUAUAAUUUAUGAACCGUGACCUUAAUCUGCGUUAAUGAUGUGAAUUAAGUAUUUUUCAUCUCAAAUAAAGCUGAUGUAAAUGAUUUUAAAGUAUUUAGUUUUACAUUUGUAAUAAAGUUUAUUCUCAACAGAU